AUGGCCACUCUCCUCUCCCCAUCAGCAUCCUCCCCUCCCCCUCCCCCUCCUGCCCCCAUCCGAAACCCCAACUCAAACCCCAGCAAGAAGGACACCGCCGAGUACACCUACCUCGUCCCCGACUCCUGGAAGGAGCGCCUGGUCUCCAAGGUGGAGAAAGGCACCAACGGCACCGACAGCGAGUUCUACAACCCCAGGAAGAAGUCCGAGAAGGAGUACCUCACUUUCCUCUCCGGCUUCCGAGCGCUGGCGCCCAUGGACGCCGUGCUGAGCAACCUGGCGCUGUCCGACGUCGAGCUGCAGGAUCUGAUCGCGGGCGCGGAGGACGGGGUGAAGUCCAAGGAGGCCAAAGAUGGGAACGGGCAGGUGUACUAUGAGUACGAGAUCGACGGGGUCGGAGCGCAUAGCUUGAUCAAGGUGACCUGUGCCAGGAACAAGCUGUAUGCGCAUUUCGUCAACGCGCCGAACGCCGAGUGGAACAAGGACGAGGAGAUGCUCAGAGAGUUGCACGACUCCUUCAAGACCGUCGAUAGUAGCGCUUCAUCUUCUUCUUGAGUUUUAUGGUGCGCGCGCUCGUGUACGUGUUCUGAGUUGAGCAUUUGAUAUUCUGCAUUUUCCCACCUGCUGUAUACGUACGUUUAAAAUUGAACAUGAGGAAUACUAGCAAACCUGUUCUGCAGA